AGGCAAUCCCAGACAAAUCAAAAUGACAAAUAAAAUGAUGGCAGACAAAGAAGAAGGAAAUAUGAAGAAGCCUAAGAAAAGGGUGGAGUGCUGUGGAUAUCCUCUCAGUAUAUUUUUUAUUGUGGUGAAUGAGUUCUGCGAGCGUUUCUCCUACUAUGGCAUGAGAGCUGUGUUGGUGCUGUACUUCAGGUACUUUCUUCACUGGGAUGAUGAUUUUGCCACCACCAUCUACCACACGUUUGUAGCUCUGUGCUAUCUAACACCCAUACUGGGGGCCAUAAUCGCUGACUCAUGGCUGGGCAAGUUCAAGACUAUCACAUACCUAUCCAUAGUGUACACCAUUGGUCAGGUGGUCAUGGCUAUCGGCGCCAUCCAUGACAUCACAGACUACGAUAAAAAUGGCACUCCAGAUAAAAUGGCUCUACAUGUUGCCUUGUCUAUGCUGGGGCUCAUUCUUAUUGCCUUGGGAACAGGUGGGAUUAAACCCUGUGUGGCAGCGUUUGGAGGGGAUCAGUUUGAAGAUCAUCAGGAGAAACAAAGAAGUACUUUCUUCUCCAUUUUCUAUCUGUCCAUAAAUGCUGGCAGUCUUCUCUCCACUCUCAUCACACCAAUUCUGAGAGCUCAGGAGUGUGGUAUCCACACUCAGCAGAAAUGUUACCCACUGGCUUUCGGAGUCCCGGCGGCUCUCAUGGUGGUUGCCCUCAUUGUGUUCAUCGUAGGGAAAGGCAUGUACGUCAUAGAUAAACCUAAGGGAAACGUGCUGAUGAAAGUCAUGAAAUGCAUUGGAUUUGCAAUUAAGAACCGUUUCAAGCACCGCAGUAAGAAUUACCCAAAGAAAGAGCACUGGAUGGACUGGGCCGAAGAUAAAUAUGAUAAACUCCUGAUUGCUCAAGUGAAGAUGGUAUUGAAGGUUUUGUUUCUCUACAUUCCGCUGCCAAUGUUCUGGGCUUUAUUUGACCAACAGGGUUCCCGCUGGACUCUCCAGGCCACCACUAUGGAUGGUGACUUUGGAGCAUUUAUCAUUCAGCCAGAUCAAAUGCAGACCGUGAACCCAAUUCUGAUUGUGAUUAUGGUGCCCGUUGUGGACAAUGUAGUGUACCCACUUGUCAAAAAAUGCCAUCUUAACUUCACGCCCCUACGGAAGAUAACUGUGGGUAUGCUGUUGGCUGCGUUAGCAUUUGUGGCUGCUGCACUUUUGCAGAUUCAAAUUGAUAACUCGCUGCCCAGCUUCCCAUCCCCCUCUGAAACACAAGUCAAGUACCUGAACAUGCAGAAUAGCAAUCUGCCAGUUGCAGUGGAUGAACAAGAACCAUUUGUUGUGCCUGGAUUUCAGGCAAGCUCAGAAUAUAUGACUUACAAGAAAGAUUUCUUUACUAUCACUGUUAACGGAGGAAACGCUGUUACUGCUAAGUUCAGGAAAGGAUCCAGACACACUGUUUCAAUGAAUGCUUCUGGAAUCCACACGAUUCUUGAAGAUUUGACCGAAAAACCACUGGAUGGUAAUAAUGCUAUUAGGUUUUCAAAUGCCAAACAGGAAAAACUAAACAUCACAUCAAAGACUUUCACACUGGAUUUUAUCUCUCAGAGUGAAACAUCAAACUACUCCUUGGUUGCUCAGGGCAAAACCCUCUUCACUAUUAGAAAUGAGAAUGGAGAUUCAUGCAUCUACACCAUGGAGCUUGGUUUUGGUAGUGCCUACACGGUCUUGAUCCCCAGCAACUUCACUUUUGCAGAAAAUUGCGCAGACUACAUUAUACCAAUAGAGGAUAUACAGCGCAACAGCAUACACAUGGCCUGGCAGAUCAUCCAGUACUUUGUGUUGACAUGCGGAGAAGUGGUCUUCUCUGUCACUGGCCUGGACUUCUCCUAUUCACAGGCACCGAGCAACAUGAAGGCAGUUCUUCAAGCUGGUUGGCUGUUUACUGUCGCUGUGGGCAACAUCAUUGUGCUCAUCGUGGCUGAGGCAGGAGCACUUCCAGAACAGUGGACAGAAUACCUGCUGUUCUCCUCACUCCUUGUGGCCGUGAGUAUCGUCUUUUCCAUCAUGGCUUACUUCUACACCUACAUUGACCCGGCGGAGAUCGAGGCUCAAUUUUUAGAGCACGAGCCAGAAUACAAGAAGAAAGCACUUGAGAUGACAAUGCAAGACCCUGUUUCAAGGUCAAACAGCAAGAAGUCAGAGGGCAAACAGACGAAGAUCUAG